AUGGCUUCCUCCAUCAGUCUCCUGUCUGAAGAUGAGUUUCAGUGCUGUAUCUGUCUGGAUGUUUUCACUGAUCCGGUCUCUACUCCAUGUGGACACAACUUCUGCAUGAACUGUCUCAGAAAGAGCUGGAACAGCAGCUCACACUGCAAGUGUCCCCUUUGUAAGGAGGAGUUCUCCAGAAGACCUGAGCUUCGUGUGAACACCUUCAUCUCUGGACUGACUGCUCAGUUCAAGAAGUCGCUUCAGGUGAAAUCCAGCAGAGCUUCAGAGAAUGUGCUCUGUGACAUCUGCUCUGAAAAUAAAAUCGUUGCUCUGAAGUCCUGUCUGGACUGUAUGACCUCCUACUGCAAAACUCACCUGGAGCAUCAUCUCAGAGCCCCUGCACUGAAGAAGCACAAGCUGAUGGACCCUGUGGAGAACCUGCAGGACUACAUCUGCCAGAAUCAUGAGAGACCCCUGGAGCUGUUCUGUAGAGACGACCAGACCUGUGUGUGUCGGUUCUGCUCUGAGACAGACCACAAGACUCACAGCACUGUUCCUGUAGAGCAGGAGAGUGGAGAGAAGAAGACUCAGCUGGGGAAGACACAGGCAGAUGUUCAGCAGAUGAUCCAGGACCGAAUGAAGAAGAUUGAGGAGAUCAAUCACUCUGUAGAUCUCAAUAAGAAAAACACAGAGAAGGAGAAAGCAGACAGUGUGGAGGUCUUCAGGGCUCUGGUGCGCUGCAUUGAGAGGAGCCAGGCGGAGCUGCUGGAGGUGAUGGAGGAGAAGCAGAAAGCAGCAGAGAGGCAGGCUGAAGAGCUGAUUAAAGAGCUGGAGCAGGAAAUCACUGAGCUAAAGAGGAGAGACACUGAGCUGGAGCAGAUCUCCCACACUGAGGACCACCUCCACCUCCUACAGGUUUACCCCUCCCUCUGCAGACCCCCACCCACCAAGACCUGGACUGACGUCAGGAUUAACACUCAUCUGAGGGUGGAGACUCUGAGGACAGCUUUGUCUCGGCUUCAGGAAGCCCUCAGUGAGGAGAUGGUGAAGCUUCCUGAGAUCAGUGAGUAUCUACUGAUCAAAAUGAAGAGAAUUCAACAAUAUGCAGUGGAUGUGACUCUGGAUCCUGAUACAGCUCAUCCUGAACUCAUCCUGUCUGAUGAUGGGAAAGAGUUGAAACAUGGAAACAUCCAACAAAACAUUCCUGAUUCUCCACAGAGGUUUGAUGAGUGUCUCUGUGUUCUGGGAAAGGAGGGAUUCUCCUCAGGGAGGUUUUACUAUGAGGUUCAGGUCAGAGGGAAGACUGAGUGGGAUUUAGGAGUGAUCAGAGAGUCCGUUAACAGGAAGGGGGUGAUUACACUCAGUCCUGAGGAUGGAGAAUGGUCUAUAUCUUUGAGGAAUGAAAGUGAAUAUACAGCUAAUGAAUGUCCUUCUGUCCUCCUCUCCUUAAAUCAGGUUCUCCAGAAGGUGGGGGUGUUUGUGGAUUAUGAGGAGGGUCUGGUCUCCUUCUAUGAUGUUGAGAACAGCUCUCAUAUCUACUCUUUCACUGGUCAGUCUUUCACUGAGAAAAUCUAUCCAUACUUCAGUCCCUAUCUCAAUGAUGGAGGUAAAAACUCAGCUCCACUGAUCAUCACUCCUGUUCAUCAUCAUAAAUGAGCUUCUUUUACCCCAAAAAUAAUAUUUUCUCUGAUAUUUUACACAAAAAAAGUAAAUCUUUCUAUUUCUAUAUAAAAUAUAAACGGGUGGGUUAAACAAUGCAUGAUUUUACAGUAAUCAAGUAAAAAUAUUAAUUAGGGUGUUUUUUUCCUCCAUAAAUCUUCUGUUAGUGAUGUAAAAUAGAUUUAUGUUUUAUUUAGAGCUUUAUUUAGAUUUUUAUUGUGAGGUAAACAGAAUGCAGAAUGUCCUGUGGUGUGACGUAAUAUGAAUGAAUUAUGAAAUA